ACCCAUGAGCUCCAAACCUUUCUUUUCUUUCUUCCGCAAGCGGAACCCUACUCGUCUAACUUUCAGGGUUUUACAGGUUUCAUUUUCUUCUGCAAAUUCUUGAUCUUUUAUGCACUUGUUCUUGGUGUCUCUAUCGGAGAAUGAUUUGAUUUGCCCGUGAGAGAAAUCAGAGAGAGAAAUGGCGAAUCAAGCUGCCACCUCCUUCAUUGGCAACUCAAAGAAAGCACUCGCUGGUCUGAGGCGUAUUAAUCUUGAGGGUCUUCGCUGGAGAGUAUUUGAUGCGAAGGGCGAGGUCCUUGGCCGACUAGCAUCUCAAAUAUCUACCGUGAUUCAAGGAAAGGAUAAGCCUACAUAUGCUCCUAAUCGUGAUGAUGGGGACAUGUGCAUUGUGCUUAAUGCGAAGGAUAUAUGUGUAACAGGGAGAAAACUUACUGAUAAGACUUACUAUUGGCAUACUGGGUAUAUAGGCCACCUGAAGGAAAGGAGUUUGAAGGACCAACUGGCCAAGGACCCAACAGAAGUCAUUCGUAAAGCUGUUCUGCGAAUGCUUCCAAGGAACAAUCUGCGUGAUGAUAGGGAUAGAAAGCUAAGGAUAUUUGCUGGCAGUGAGCAUCCAUUUGGUGACAGACCCCUUGAACCAUAUGUGACGCCUCCUCGCAACGUAAGAGAAAUGCGACCCAGGGCAAGACGGGCAAUGAUUCGUGCGAAAGGGAAAUUGAGUGGUUAA